AUGCGUUCUGAGCUAACUGAGCAAAGAGAGAAGCUGAAAAGAGGAUUUACCGUUCGAAAGAGCUUUGGUGAAAAUUACUCAGAGCGAACAAUGGAUGUCUCUAAGUUCACACAAUCAAUUCAAAAAUUUAAGGAUUUAGAGCAAUCUCAACUAACAAAAUUAAAUAACCAAAUUGACGAAUUGAAAAGUGAACAAACUUUACUCGAAACUAAACUAUCUACAGAGAAAGAAAAAAAAGAACAGAUAAUAAACGAAAUUUCAGUUACUUGCACAAAGAGUUUAAAUAAAAUUGCUUCAUGUGCAUCCAAAAUAUAUGAUGAUUCCAAGACAAUUGAAUAUCUAAUGUCUGGAACUGUUUCAUUAUCGCAAUUAUUACAAGAUGUACUUAUUAAAGAAGAUUGUGAAGAGAGGCUUGAUUCUUUUCAAAUAGAAUUGGAAUCAAAUAUGGAAUUGUUGAAGAAUGAACUCGAUCAAUUAAAACUAAAAGAAUCUUCUUCAAAAACUCGUUCUGAAGAAGUCAAUGCACUUCUUGAUACAUAUAAUACACUUAAGCAGCAGUAUGAAAAUCUUGAUACAAUUAUUCUAAAUCAAGCAAAAUUUGAAUUAGAUGAAGCCAAAUCAAAGAUAAAGUCUAGACAGGCAUCUGCUGCUUCUAUGGCAGCAGAGAUACAAAAGGUAAAUGAAAAGAUUAAGCAAUUAGAACAAGAUCCAAAUAAAACCUUCAAUGAUGCUACGUUUGAUGAUUUACAAAAGCAUAUUCGAGCUCAGGCAUCUUUAUUCACUGAAAAUAGCUCUAGAAUCUCAGAAUUAAAACAAGACAUUGCAAAAAAUAUUGCGGAAAAAAAUCAGAUAGAUCAAAGCAUUCAGCAAGUAGAAAAAGAAAUUGAAGAUCUAAUGAAGGAAAUCAUACAAUAG